AUGAAUUGGGCCAUUUCACAGGAUCGAGUUUACAAGCAGUUAAAUACAUACUAUGCCGAAUGUAUCGACGAUACUCUGUUCACGAUAGGUGUAGCGGUGGCAAAAGGAGAUGAAAAGCGUAUAAAACCAAGAAAGCCGAUAGAUUAUGCGGAAAUUGAAUUAUCUUGGUUUAAAGGAUUAAAUUGGAAAAUGCAUCCUGAAUGGCGGUACUGCUUGCUAAAUGACAGUGACUCUUCGCUUACUGCUGAAGAAGCAUUUAGAGUAUACGUAGAACAAAUGCGACAUGAAGGAGCACUACCUCGUCUUUGUGAAUCUAGGCGACAACUCGUUGACAGAUUCAUUUUUGACAUGAAAGUUACCAAUGGACUGAUCGAUUUGUGGAAUUACAAUGCUAAAACGUGUAAGAAGUACGAUUAUAGGAGGCAAAUUCACAUAGUUUUUUUGGCGACGCCUUCAGGUCUUAUAAAAUAUUGGGAUGAAAUUCCUGAAGACCUAACUUAUAACGAUCCUAACUUGGUUAACAUAUCACAAUCAACGAAAUCAUUUGGUACUCCAUCCCAGCAACAAAAGUUGGUUUUUUUCCGAUGA